CGCAGAGUAUUGUUGCAGUUCUCUGUUUUCCAAAAAUAUACCCAAAGUGACUGGGAUUAACAUGCAGGCUCCUGCUGUUCUUAAAUUUGGGAAUUACAGAUGCAGCCUCCUCACCUGGACGGAGCUGAUCGGCAGCAGAGAGAGCAAAGAAAUCCCCUCUGACAGACCCCCAGCAGACUGUCCAUCCAGUUAGGGCGUACAAGAGAAACUGGUCCAUGCAGACGGUUACUCAGUGACGCAAACUGUCACGCAGAUACCAUCGUUCGCUCUGAUCGCCUUUAAAGCAAGGCUGACUUGUCCUUCUUGCCCCACCGGCUUUCACCACGGGUACAAUGGGUACCGUGCUCUCGCUAUCCCCUAGCUACCGGAAGGCAACGCUUUUUGAGGAUGGGCCAGCCACCGUGGGCCACUACACAGCUGUACAGAACAGCAAGAACGCCAAGGACAAGAACCUGAAACGUCACUCGCUCAUCAAUGUGUUGCCCUGGAAACGAAUCGUGGCUGUCUCGGCCAAAAGGAAGGGCUCCAAGAAGGUCCAGCCAGACUCAACGUACCAGAACAAUGUGAGCAACCUCAACAACCAGAACAUAAAAAAGUCACAGUCAUGCGCCGACCUCGCCACAUUUGCCCAGGAACCAGUAGGCGCCUCCAUCCCAAGCUCCAAGACUACAGGUGAUGUGGUGUCCUCGGCCAAGAAGUCAACGCUGGCCAACGGCAGCACCGCGGCGGGCACGCCCAAGCGAGUCAUCGUCCAGGCCUCCACCAGUGAGCUGUUGCGCUGCCUGGGCGAGUUCCUGUGUCGGAGGUGUUUCCGACUCAAGCAGCUGUCUCCGAGCGACCCGGUGCUGUGGUUGCGCAGCGUAGACCGCUCCCUCCUGCUGCAGGGGUGGCAAGACCAAGGCUUCAUCACCCCUGCCAACGUGGUGUUCGUCUACAUGCUGUGCAGGGAUGUGGUCUCCUCGGAAGUGGCCACGGAGCAGGAGCUGCAGGCCUCUCUUCUGACUUGCCUGUAUCUGUCCUACUCCUACAUGGGCAACGAGAUCUCCUACCCACUGAAACCCUUCUUGGUGGAGAGCUGCAAGGAGGCUUUCUGGGACCGCUGCCUCUCUAUCAUUAACCUCAUGAGUGCCAAGAUGCUCCAGAUCAACUCUGACCCUCAUUACUUCACCCAGGUUUUUGCCGAUCUCAAGAAGGAAAGCGAGAAGGAAGAGAGUCACCUUCUCAUAGGUCUGGACCGGUGAGGGAUGCUGGGUCAAGCAAAUGUAGGACAGGGACUCUGGUCUGGCAUUUAUACUUUUAAGAAGCUGAGCUGGAUGUGCAAAACCGGGAGACACCAGUUUGGGCGUUGUUUUCCAACUCACAAUAGGUACAAAUACAUAUAAAUAAUUUAGCUGGAAUGUUCCCACUAAAAAUGAAGAUCUUGAAUCAGAUUUUUGGAAUGCAGCUGGCCAGAAAAUAUUUCAGAAGUGUCACGACAGGCAGAUUGUUAGCAUAUCUGAAGCUCACAUACUGAACACGUGGGAAACGUCAGUAUUAACUUAGAGCAUAAAAACAAAAACACUAUAGAAGUAAUAAAACAGAAUUGUUAGACCUGGAAUAAAACCAGAUAUUUGGAUUUUACUGGGGAUAUUUUGUGACGGAGACUCGAAAUGUCGGACAAAAAGAACAUGUACUGCAUAUAUAGUAUGUUAUGUAUGCACUGUAAAUAGACACAGAAACAUGAAAACGUAUUUAAAAACGUUAAAAAAAAAAAAAAGAAAAGGAAACAUUAAAAAAGAAAGAUGGGACAUCAGUAGUAAUCCACAGCGAGCUGUUUGUAUUGGACUAUGUAUGAGGGGUGCUGUAGGCGUUAAUCCUCCCUGGUUCGUGCCAUUGCCUAUGUGUGUGUCCGUGCCCACGGCACGUGACUGGUGUCCUGCGAUGUCCGGGGCUGGGAGGUACAAAUGCUCACGCUUUCCACUGCAGCUGCUGCAACGGUGGCUCCUUUUCACCAGUGACGAUGAGCGGGAGGGACAAACGGAAGGCGCAGAAUACAGCAGCAAGCUUGGCAAGGCAAAGAGAGCGAAGGGAAGACGUUUCAAAGUGUUAGGGAUGACCUGCUUUACUUUUCGUCUGGGACGAGAAAAUAAAUGCUUUUGGAAAUACCCACUGCAGGUUUUUGCCUUGUAGGUAUAAUUAUCUAAGCAGUGUGUUGCAGGCUUCUGUGGGGCCUGGAAGGACAACCCUCAAAAUUGGCAUGAUCUAACAGAGGUCACUGCUUAGUUAUGUCCCCCAUCCAUUAAUGUGAUGAUAUUAUGCUGUUGUCACUAAGUCAGCAGAAAGACAGGUCCACCUUCUUCAUAGGGAUGAAAGCUCAGGGCCGCGUGAUCCCCAGUGCCACGUUGAGACACAAGUUCGACAGAAAUCAAAGCAGUCCAAAGCUCAGCAGAAAAUUCAAGGGAGCUCUGAUGACUGCUUACUUUUUUAGGUACAUUACUGACAAAACGUUCCGCAUCACAUGGAGGUGGACCACAGCUGACGUAAACUGAUGAAUUAAAAACUACACGAGUUGAGAUGGAACUUGGUAUCUACGGUUUCAGUGUAUUUUUAGUAUACCGCAGUUCAUCACGAACAUACUUGAAGUAUAUUGAAAUGUGCAAAACUGAUUUUGUGUAUCUUCAAUUUUUUUCUUAGAACAUGUUAAAAAAAAAAUCUAGCAGGUCUAAUAGGAAGUCAUAUACCUUUGAGGCAAAAUGAUCCUCAGUGAGGGGAUGAGCCCAAAAAUGAUUUGUGACUUCAUCAGAUGAAUUACGAGUUUGCCGGAGAGGGACUCCGCAGUCUCGUGACUUCCACAGUUUGCUGCAUAUGGUACUGAGUGGAAUUAUCAUCUGUGAUCUAACCAGGUCCUAACAACCGUGUCAAUUGAGGGCAAACCGUUUUGUUGUAUCCCAAAGAUUCAUGCACUGUAAAAUCCUGUAUCGCAAAUUCCAUUACUCUCAGUUAGCCGGUGCGGACAAGACACAGAUUACCCAACCUAACCGAAGCUCAUCCGAGUUACGGACUGUAUGUUACAUCAUACUGCUUUCUAUCAAGACUAUACGACAAAAUUUAGCCCACACCCUGCCCAUCAUCUUCCCACCGAGGCUAACUGAUCGAUGAUAAAGCCCUAUGUGCGUAACCCAUGUAGGGUCUGCUUAUUGGUAACCUUCAUUAUUUUCACAGUUUGAAAUAUUCUUAGCCCAGAGAUCCUGUAGUGCAAUACAGAUCAAUUAAACUGUUUUGGAGAAUCAGAUUUAUUUGCUUAUUUAGAAAAUUAAUAUCCCGUAAAAUCUGCUUAUUGCUCCCAAAGACAAAACUCAUUUUUGUGGGAAGACCAAUGAACCGCUCUUAACAAUCGCAAAGUAAACAGGUUGAGGCCAAACUGAGCGAUACCGAAACGCUCCUUGCGUCAAGUUUCAGAUGCAGUACUGUACUUAGAAGUAAGACCUCAGAGGUAAAUGAAAGUAAGUCCCUCCCGUCAUCAGCAUCUUCCAUGAUACUAGUUUAUGGGUAAUUAAGACAAUAGGGAGAUAUGUCCCAUAUUAAUCUGUGCAGUGUUGUCACAUUUUUGCACUUUGUAAGUUAAAUUUCUAGUUUUGGAUUUAGCGAAUGAUGUGCAAAUACAUUUGGACUGGGAGGAGAGUACAAAAUAUUUCUUGUUGAUAGUAUUUUCAGUAGGUGUCAUGUUAUACACACUUAAACACAACGUAGUUUUAGGUAGGCAGAUAUGCGUAGAUGCCACUUGUUUACAGGUGCCACAUUGUCAUGUUGGUGUAAAAGUUGAUUUGAAAAACAGGUGCCAUGUUUAUUUUAAGCUAAAUUAUUUGAUUAAAUCAUCUGUGCUUUACGUCUAUUUUUCCUACACCUUGAAGUGACAUUUUGGGGAAAAAAAAUGUCCCCUCAAGGUAGUAAAUUCUGAAGAAAAGAAAACACUCCAUAAAGGUCAACACCUUAAAAAUGCUAUAAUAUUUUGUUGCUAUUUUUCUGUAAAUUUCAAUGAGAUGGAGGUAGGAAUCAUUUACAGAAGGAGCCUGUAGAACCCCAAAAAAAAAUGAAAACAAAGGAGGGAGUGCAUAUAUGACAGACGAAUACCCGCCAAGGAUGGUGGUGUUAUCUACACGACGAGCAGAACACAUUUGUUAACAGGGCAAAGAGACAAAAUACAUUAUAAAUCCUGUCACAAAAUAUGGAGCUGGUGACAUCUGGAAGCUUUCCACCUGAACCAGUGCUGGUUUACAAGCUAUUUUACUGAUAUUCCACAUAAAAGUCUCAUUUAUCUUGCCACGCAGUGUAUUGGCCCUGAACAACUGGAUAAGAAGAGGAGAAAUUUAUUAAUGAUUCUACAGUUGAAACUGGCUAAGAAAAAGCAUCAUAUCAUGAAUUUAUGUUCCCUGAGAUGGGAGUUUUGACUUUGAGGAACUGGGGUGCAAACUAAAGAUGCGUCAGGUAUCAAUUCACAUCCAGGAUGCCGUUUUAUGGGGAGAACAACUUCCCUGCAGAUCAGAGAAGCUGGAAUCCUGAGAACAAAGCAACGUUCAACAUCUUAUUCGUUCUGAAUAUUUUAUGCAACACAAAGUUGGGACUUUUAAAUAGCUUCACUCAUUUCUCAGCCCACUGCUGCCAGCACUGCACAGCACAGCUUCAACCAGGAGUCUUAAAUCUAUGACUUUGCAUUGGGUAAGAGGCCAGAUUUCACCUUCUAAGACCACCCCACCACAGCCAGAUGAGGUUGAACCUUCGGCCUGCAUUGAGACUUUAAGCACAUGUGACAAGAGCCCACCGAGAUCAUUACUAUCUGCUUUUUCUGUUGUGUGGUGUCAUAGACAAUCUCACCACGCUUGAGUGUUUACAUGAAUGGUAAACGCCGGACACAAGGUCUGGGGUCCUCCACUUUGCUUCCCCUUUCAGCCUGAUGUGCCAUCUUUUCUUACAUGCAGCACUAUGUAGUUGAUUGUAAAAUACUUUGGAAAAGUUUAGAAUAAUAAGUAUUUUUCUCUCUUCUCGUGUUUUGUGUUGCGUACACCUUUUAGAGCAGAACAAUGUGUUAUAGCAGAAGGAGACACACACACAGCGAAUUCGUGUGUGUGAGAUGAUGUGUGUGUGCACUGCACCAGUCUGGACAGCUGGGUUUACUGGAGGGAUGGAGUGGAGUCUUAACUGGUGGGAUGGGGCAGAGUGUGCGUAGAUGAUCGGCGCGAGCUCGCAUUGUUUCAGCUGUUCUGCUGCAUUUUUUCUGCUCAUUCUUACUGUUUUUGUUACUUUGACGAGAAAUAAA